AUGACUAUUAAUGAUUUAUUAAGGGGUCGUAGUCUGGAUCAGACAAGCUAUGAUGUGGGUGUUGACCGCUUAAUGUGGGAUGUUUGUACCCUACAAGUGUAUUUAAAAGAGGGUUUAAAGGUUAGCUGAGCUAAUAGACACAGACUAAGUUCAGAAGAUCAUCUCUGAAGAGCGGGGCAGCAGGUUUUGCACAAAACCUAAAAGACAACACAAAAUGAGUCGGGUAAAAAAGAUAAUUAAGAGGAUGAAGGUGAAAAAUGAACUGGUGCGACAGAUUAUGGGAGAGGUCUUAGGCACCUUUGUACUUCUGCUGUUUGGUUGUGCUGCAGCAGCUCAGGUGAAAACCAGCAGAGAAACUAAGGGGCAGUUUCUGUCUGUUAACAUGGCUUUCUCUGUAGGCGUCAUGUCUGCCAUGUACCUCAGCAGGGCAGUAUCAGGAGCUCAUCUAAACCCAGCUGUAUCUCUGAGUUUCUGUGUCUUGGGAGACCUAGCCUGGAUAAAACUGCUACCCUAUUCUCUGGCUCAAAUACUGGGGGCUUACCUCGCCUCUGGGCUUGUCUAUCUCAUCUACCAUGAUGCGAUUAUGGAGUUCAGUGGUGGAGUUCUGACCGUAUUUGGUCCUAAUGAAACAGCCAGUAUCUUUGCCACUUACCCAACUGAUGUGGUGUCAAUGCAGACCAGCUUCCUCGAUCAGGUGGUCGGCACAGCCAUGCUAAUGUUGUGCAUUCUACCUCUGAAUGAUAAGAGAAAUGCUCCUGCUCCUGAAGCACUGCUCCCUCCAAUUGUAGCAACUGUUGUCCUAGGGAUUUCCAUGUCAAUGUCGGCUAACUGUGGAGCUGCCAUAAACCCUGCCCGUGACCUUGGUCCACGACUCUUCACCUUCACAGCAGGCUGGGGCAUCGAAGUCUUCACGUGUUAUGAUUACUUCUUCUGGAUUCCAUUAGUGGCUCCUAUGGUGGGGGGCGUGCUGGGGUCCAUCAUUUAUCUGGUCUUCAUUCAGUGGCAUCUGCCUGAGCUUGAGGAUGAAUCUGAGUCUGAGGAGUUUAACGAACAAACAAAGGUCACGGAGCACAACAACAAAAAGGAUGAGUUUUUCCAUAAAAUGUCUUCACUUUAAAGACCUGGGGACCGCUGAAUCUAGCUCAUGGCGUUUCCAGAUCCUGUUUCCUCUCUUCUUCACAUUAUUUCCAGAUACUGUAACUAAAAAAUGGGAAAAGGCCAAAAAAAAAAAACACUGGGGAAAAUGUACUCAAGGUGGACUCUUAAAUCUUUCACAGAAGAGCUAAAGCCUUGAUAUACCGAAUGUUAUUUAUUAUUUCAACUCCCUUUCAUCCCUUCUGAAAUAUUAAACGGGGACUUACUUUCAACCACAUGAAGAAAAUUUGCCUUCACAUUGUCCAUUGUUUCACAGAAGUGAAUUAAAAGAUUUGUGUAUUGUAAUAUUAGCUAUUUUUAUUCUAGACCAGUGGCAGCUAUACACACACACACACACACACUAUAUAUGCUAGAACUUAUUUCAGCUCAAUUUAUUAAUUGUAAUCUUGGAGAAAUGUAAUAUAACUACAUAAAACUCUCAUAUUUGUUUGUUGCCUGCUCUUUCUAGUGUAUUUUGCAAGUAAAAGUUGUUUAUGUUACAUCACUGUUACAGUGUGCACUUUUGUGGUGUACAUUAACAGGUUCACAAACAAAGAGUUUUAAAAACCUGUUUGAAGCCACUAUUGAGCAAACAUUUAUCUGAACUUUGAGGAAUAGGUAUAUUGAUUAUAUGUACUCAGAAGGCCACCUCCAUUUCAUGGAAUAUCCUCUGUUGUGAGCCAUUAUUUCACUACACAUUAAAUUAAAGAUCUUGCUAUUAAAUAUAAUGUCAAUAAUAACUGCAACCAUACCGCAGGAAUACAAUUAAGUUAUAUCUUCUGUCAUGAAGAGGUUUCAAUAAUAUUACUGAUCAGGGAGUUAGGUUCUGUUUGAUUUCAUCCAGUGGUGUAGUCUAGUUUUUUGUAGUGGGUAUACUCUGAUAUUCCCUCCCAGGCCCCAGCCUCAUACUCACCGUCCCACAGCGACACCCCAUAAGCACCACCACACUCACUUUACAAUAUGCAUCUAUGUAACUGAG